AUGGCUUCAAAGUUUGCGUCCAAGGCUCUUCCGCCGCCGCCUCUGCGGAGCGACAAGAGAGGCAAGCCACCUUGCUCGGACCAGAAUGGCGCUUCACAUCCGUGGGCAACACCUGUUGCCGCGUCUUCAACAUCGUCAUCAGGUGCACCUCCCAAGCUUGAUGCGCCUUCCGAACAGGCCAAUGCAUCUACAGCUUUGUCACGCACCCCAAGUGGGCGCUUUCGAACUUGUGCCGCUUCGCUCACAAAGCAGGUCAAAGACCAGGGAGCUCCGCAAAGCUCUGCCCCGAUACAAAGUGCUCCGUCGCAUCCAGACCACAAGGCCUGGCAACCACGGUGGGCUCCAAAACUCAAACGAUUCAAUCCUUCCGAAUCCGUCACCACCUACUCGCCCAUUCUAGAUGCAUCGCUUCCUGCGCUACCAGCGUCAGCCGCCUCACCUCCUCCAGCGCUGCAAUUGGACGACACUACCUUUGGCCGACCCUUCAGCACUUCGGGCCUAUUCGAUCUCGAUGCUUCGCGCGUCUCCUUUCUUGACAUGAGCAACAGGCAACAUGAUAGCGACUCCGAUAGUCAUGACUCGCACGGUUCACCAGCUUUCGUUCAGCAACUCCCCACGAUCCAAGAACCACCGAUAUUGUCCAAGAUACAUGUCCAACCACCGUUGACGCCAAUAUCUUCGGAUAACACAGGCGUGGCCGAGCAUGCACUCGCUUCCAGCUCUUUACAGUCCGAGUCAAGUCGAAGCAAGUUGACAAUUCCACCAACGCCAUCGUCUCGCCUCACCCAAGACUCGCGCUCUGGCAAAGCUUCUCUGCCCGCUUCAUCGCCUGCCCUCGGUUCCCUCAUCAGCUCCUUUCCAGCCCCGCUUACACGCGGUAAACCAUCGUACGCACCCAACCCACCCGCUGAUUCGCUUCUAGCACAGACAACGCCGACCAAGGUGUCCAUGGACCGUCUAGGGGCAACCGCCAUGCUCAAGGAAAAUAGCUGGGAUGGAGGAGAACGUUGGGACGUCGAAGGCAUAAAGCACCGCGGUGCUUCCGUUGCGCAUGUCUCUACCGAUUUGCCCUAUUUCGACCUGGACGACGAAGACGAUAUGCGGCCCUCUCAGAGUGCCUCUGCUGAACAGUCGAUCGCGUCGAUGCAGCAACCAUCAACCUCAUCUGUCAUUGCACCUCCGUCAAAACGUCCGACCCGCAAUCCACCUCCUCGUCCCGCCCCAGAUAUGGCCUUACCGGAGCUGCCCGCCAAAGCCAACGCGGCAGAGCAAGCCACUGUUCGUCGACACACACGCGCCAGUAGCGUCCAGCUUGGUGCCCAUCGCCAACAAGAGAGCAACCUCUCUUCUGGUGGUUCAUCCAGACCGACCCAGAGGCCACUCAUCCUUCCUGUGCUUCGGUCAUCGGCAGGCAUUGACCGGCUGACGGCGAUGAGCCCGUCCUACGUGUCACCUUCAGAUGCAAAUGGUAAUGGUCUCAAACUACUGGCGUUGUCGCGUAGUGCUUCAACAGAUGAGCUAGCCAGGUCCCUGGAUAUUCCUCGCGAUACAGUCAAGCAGAUGUUCGACACAACUCAGCACGUUUGGCGUAACCAUUUGCUCGGCUCCUCUGCCUUUCUGGACGAAGCGGUCCCCAACAACAGCGCAAGUGACACACGACUCUCGAGGUCCAAUUCGAGUCCGAUGCUUUCGACCCAAUUUGCAUCCCACGACUCGUCGGAAGAUUUGUCAAACGGGAGCGUGGCCAAGCCGCUGGCAGGCAUAGCUAGCAACCGCUCCUCGCUUCUUGGCCUCCCCUACAUUUCUUCGUCCAAGCUGUCGUUUCAGCAGCAAAACCCUGGAUGGGCCGUAUCCAAGCAUAGCAUGCAUGCCGCGCACCCUUCCGCGCCCGCCAUGCAGGCUGAGCGCGCCAAGCAUCGUCGCACCUUUCUUGGUCGGAGUAGCGAAGAAGGUCUUGCAGCCAGCUAUAACUUUUCAAGGCCUAUUCGUCGCGAUACCACCGGCAUGGAUCCAGGCAUGGCCGCAAGCGUUAGCAUGCCUUCGCUCACAGCAGCCAGAGACGCUCCAAAGCCGCCUGCGCUUCUCCAGAGCCCGCUGCUGCUCAAAGGAGACCUAGAAGCUACUGGGUUCGCUCAAUUCGCUGUCGACAAUGAGCAAGAGACCUUGGUGGAUUCUUGCACAAACGCCCAUCAUCCUUUCGUUCUGUCUCACGCGCCACUCGAGCAGGCUUCAGUCGAUGGCGACCACCCAGCAAGUGUCGCAGUAAGCACGGACAGGGGCAAAUUGUACAAGCCGGUGCCAGCCGUGCCCCCGCACAACAGAACACCAUCGCCCAGACUGGUACGACGUAAAUCGGAUACGGUCUUGAAUCGAUUCGCUCCUGAGUUCGGCAAGCGAGCCCCGGGAGAACUCCACGCUUGGAGCGUCUGCAUCGACAACGACGGUGUUCCCGCCAUUCGGCCGUCUCCUUCGGCAUUCCACCGUCCCAGCUGCGCCUUGGCAGGCAAAGACAACGCGACUUGGCAGUGUGGUUGCCGGAUUCCCACUGGCAAUGAUUCUGCCUUGGCAACGCGAUCGUGUGCCGACUUGCAGGCACCGAGCUGGUCUUCUCCCGGUCGCAAUCGAUCGCUGAGCGCAGGCAAUGCGUUGGAUUUCGGCCGUCGAGCACAGCUGUGGAGUCAAGUCAAGCGUAACAAGGAGCUCAUUCGAAGGCACGAGCAGAAGAUUGCAGGCUUGCAGGAACAGGUUGCGAGGAUCUCGACCGAAUGGGCUUCGGUCCGACGACCGUCAUUGUCCUCAAUGGCGACGCCGGAACCGGUGUCUUCUGCGAGCUGCCCUGCUCCGCCUGCCAGAGCGGAUGUGAGCGCGAGGAAUCCAUGGCUGUCGAUCGCUUCGGCAGAGUCAAGGACACCUCCAGUGCUAUCUAAAGCGACGCCUGUCAUGACGAUGCGUACCGUGCCGCUGCCUGAACGCGUGAGCGCGACUGGCGCGGCUAGUUCGCAAGUGCAACCUACGGCGAUGCGCGUUCAGCCUCGCACACUUCGAGGACGCAUCGCAUCAAUGUCGAAAAUGAAUUUGACUCGAGACGAGGAGAAUGUUGGUCCGUCAGAAAGUCACUCGGGUCACUCGCGAUUAAGGUCCUCUUCAUCGACUUCGAGCCUGAACAAGUUGUUCCGCUUCCCGUGGUCGCGCUCUUCGGACAACAAGGAGGUCGCAUUCCCGCAGCCGACUCCGUUCCCUAUGGACGAGCGCAAUCACGGCAAGGUUGUAUCGAAUACAUCGUUGCGUGACAAAGCCCUGCCUUGCCCACAAAUGACUGGCGUCGAUGCCAAGCGACCUCUGCCCGCGCCUCCGGCUUCGGAGGCUAGUUUAUCGAGCAAAAGUAAGCGGUUUCCGCCUAGCUCACGCAAGUUCUCGUACGAUAUGCUGCGCGGAUCGGUGUUCCAUUCGAGCGUCGGUUCGCGGCACUUGCGCGGACGUUCGGACAGCUCCAGGUCUUCCUCCUUUGGCACCAGCAUUUUCUCGUCUAACGACGGUCACGAGCCGCACGAGACGUCACGUUUUAUUAGCUUCCCCAGGUUGGGACGACGAUGGGAUUCCAUCUCGUCGCGUGGGACCAAUGCUUCUGCACGGAGCAGUGUCGAAGUCGGUGUCCAGCCGAAUGUUGCACCGUUCGGGUCUAUGCCAGCUGCAUGUGCAACUGCGGGCAAGCCCGUGUCUUGCCUGCCGAGCGACUUGGCGGCGCGACGACCCGAGACGCCUCCGCAUCGUCAAAGCUCGCUGUUGCGCCACUCGCUCGAGGCAGAACCACCAAGGCGCACGCCCAACCCCACCGAGUAUCUACAGGCUAGCAAUGCCGUGAUGGCACCCAUCUCGGAGCAGAGCGAGAUGGGCAGUCCCGCAUCAGCGCAACUCACCGCGACGCACGCGGACUUUGAGAUGAGUCCAGCAAGCGUGGUGGGAGCUUCGCCCGUGGGUCCUGCUCGCAUGAGCAUGAGCGAGCGCUACCGUUCGCAGGGGCUGACGGUGCCUGCGCCGCUGGCACUGUCGUCGUCGCUAUCGUCGCCUGCACCUCGGUCUGCCACCUUGGACCCAGACUCGGCCAUCAAGAUGGGAGAAGGAGCGCCACGCGCAUCCAUCUCGCCGCAUUCAGCUAAGCUGCCUAUUCCAAUCACCGUCUCCCAUGGUGCUCUCACCGUGGCCAGAUGUGCAUCGCUAUCGAGUCAGAGCUGA